GGUGUUAGAGAUGAAGGGAGUGAGAGGAACAAACGUGAGCUGGUACAAGCUCUUCAGACCCAGCCCAGGAACCAGGUAAUUUGGAGCGUGUUCUCCGAGACCCGGUGACAGAGAAUGCUCAUCUCCAGUCACAUGUGCAGGCUAAAUUCAUCAUCAUGGAGCAAUGGAAUCCUCGCGCUCUUCUGAGUCUAACCAUAUAUACACAACGACUUCCGGGGUCCAGGGAGAAUGGUCUGAGGCUGGUGGAGAUUGGGGAGGGAGUGAGUCUAGACGAUGUCAGAGCUGCCACUGGAGCCUCGUUUCAGGUUUCUGCUGACUUGAAGACAAUGGGACUCACAAGUAUAAUGUUUCGUUAAUAAA